CGUUCCACUGCUAGUCCUAAUGCCAUGUUAGCCACGCACAAUGUGCUCCGAAUUCCACGACGACCGCCGAGUCCAUGGCCGUCGUCAACAACCUUUCACUGGUAGUUACUUAAUCAUGAAAGUGGCCUCCACACCAGAGAGUAGAAUUAGAAAUCCUCCGCUAGUCUCAAAGACUCGAAUCCAGAGCUAGCCAUGGCAGAGCACGCACAAGGCUUCCGAGCCCUUCUCAUCUGCCUCUGCCUUUGUCUCCUGCUAUUGUCCGCAGAGCACCUGGCGAUGAGCAUGGACCUCGACGACGACGACGACAGCUUCUCCGACGAGGUGGCAGUGGCACCGGCCCGGCGCCUCAGCGGCGACAGCUUCAACGUUCUGAACACCAACACCUCCUCCAACAAGUCCGGUUCGGUCUUCUGCAGGCUGCUAUACCUGCAGGUACUGGACCUGUCCAACAACCUGCUCACCGGGGAGCUGCCGGACUGCUGGUGGGAGAUGCAGGCCUUGCAAUUCAUGGACCUGUCCAACAACUCUUUCUCAGGUGAGAUCCCUGAAGCCCCGCCGUCCCACGACUGUUCGCUCGAAUCGCUCCAUCUUGCCGGCAAUGGCUUCACAGGGGUCUUCCCGUCGGUCGUCAAGGGGUGUGGAUCUCUGGCCACUCUAGACAUUGGGAACAACCAGUUCUUUGGUAGAGUUCCUCCCUGGGUUGGAAGCCGUGUUCCAGCUCUGAAAAUUCUCAGACUUCGGUCGAACAACUUCACUGGUGAAAUUCCUCCGGAGAUAUCGCAGCUUCGGCAGCUUCAGUUGCUAGACUUGGCCAACAACAACUUCACAGGACCGAUCCCAAGAGAGUUUGGGAAAUUAUCUGCCAUGAAGAAUCCGAUAAUUAAUUCUACAGGAUCGCUAACCGGGUCCAACUAUCAGGAUAGAAUUGACAUAAUCUGGAAGGGGCAAGAGGUGAUACUCCAAAAAAUUCUUCAGCUCAUGACGGGUAUCGAUUUGUCAGGCAAUUCACUGUCCCAAUGCAUUCCAGAAGAGUUAACCAAUCUCGAAGGCCUCCGGUUUCUAAACUUGUCAAGAAAUAAUCUGUCGUGCGGAAUUCCUGAAAGUAUUGGUAGUUUGAAUGUUCUUGAGUCCCUUGACCUCUCGCUCAAUGAACUGUCAGGAGCCAUUCCUGUAGGCAUGAGUAGUAUGGUAUUCAUCAAUACACUGAAUCUCUCAAACAACCACUUAUCGGGCAAAAUACCCACAGGGAGUCAACUUCAGACCCUGACUGACCCAUCGAUUUACAGCAACAAUCCUGGGCUCUGUGGACCUCCUUUGGAUAUUCCUUGCACAAAUGCUUCACCUGCGCUGAACAAGAGAAAUGAUAAAGAUUCCGACCAAUGGCUGUAUUACUGUGUGAUUGCUGGAAUUGUUUUUGGGUUUUGGCUAUGGUAUGGGAUGAUCUUGUCCAUUCCGAAGUGGAGGCAUUCUGCUUUCUUCUUUGUUGAUGCCAUGCAAUACAAGGUUAUGCUAAAGUUGCAGCCUAUCGAUCCAUAUCUUUCCAAAGAAAAGAGCGAUCCAUUUCUGUAGCUGUGUUUUCUACAAAUGAAUCAAGCUGAAGACUGAAAUAUAGUACUAGGUUCUCUACUAUGCGCUGCAAUGCAAUCUCUUAUUUCCCCCAAACUACGGCAGGAGAUUUGCUGCCUUUGUAUGUUAGUAAGAUGUAAUAUUGAGAAGAAAUCCACAAGGAUUCUAGUCAACUGUUUGUUAUAUAUUAAUUUCAAUAAAUACAUAUAUGCUCCUUUCUGA